GCAAUGGUCAUUCCAGUAGCUCUCCCACUCCUCAGCCCAAACGCCCUUUUCGGGCUGCUCCCAACCAAAGAUUAUCCUCGGGCAAUGACUCUGGCGUGCUCUAGGGAGUUCGGCUCGGUUACAUGCUGUCCUCCCCGCACUUUUACCCCAUGCUUCGUCUCGUCCCAUGCAAGCACAUCUUAUCAGAUCGCUCGCCUGGCAGAGGAUAUGUCCCCUCGUCGCCAUGCUUUGGAGUUGCAACCUCGCCAUGCUGUUUUGACGGUACAGGAACCUGUAUAACCUCCCCCUCUGGACCCUAGGAAUGCAAGAAUAAUCGCGGAUGAGAUAACCUUUCUCACAAACCCCAGAUUCCCGAUAAUAGGCUACAGCCAUGGAGGAGACUAAGCAAGUGGUGGUCUCGAAGGACAUAUAUCACGGGUUACCUACAUACCCAGAAACGCCCGAACUCACAGGCCUUACAGCCAUCAUCACCGGCGCCAACGGGAUAUCUGGUUACCAUAUGCUGAAAGUCCUAGCGGCAGCACCGACCAGAUGGAAGAAGAUAUACUGUCUCUCACGACGUCCCCCACCAGACUAUUUCUUCUCAGACCUAGGUGAAGGCGCAAGCCGAGUCGAGCAUGUCUGUGCCGACUUCCUCUCCAAGCCGGAGGAGAUAGCGAGCAACCUCCAGAAGAUAUCUCAAGCCGACUACGUCUUCUUCUUUUCCUACAUGCAGCCGUCGCAAAAGGGCAAUAUCCUAGGCAUGUGGUCCAACGCAGACGCUCUGGCCGAGACCAAUGCCGCCUUAUUACGCAACUUUCUCGGCGCUCUUGAACUCGCAUCUCUCAAGCCUCGCCGCGUCCUUCUCCAGACGGGCGCCAAACAAUACGGCUUCCACAUGGGCCCGGCAACCAGCCCAUCCUUCGAAUCCGACCCACGCGUCCUCCUGGAGAACAACUUCUACUAUCCGCAAGAGGACCUACUCUUCGACUACUGCCGCCGUAACUCCGCACAAUGGAACGUCGUUCGACCGUCGUACAUUAUCGGCGCGGUGAGAGACAACCUGCUGAACCAUAUGGUCGGACUAUCCGUCUACGGCGCUGUGCAAGCACACUUAAACCGACCUCUCGCUUUCCCAGGUGAUUACGUCGCUUGGGACAGAGAAUAUUGUCAAAGCACGGCCAUGCUGAAUGCGUAUCUGGAGGAAUGGGCUGUUCUGAGCCCGAACACAGGCAACGAAGCGUUCAAUGCUCAGGACGGUCUGGCGUUUACGUGGGGUCGCUUCUGGCCGUACCUGGCGAAGUGGUACGGGACCACGUUCGAGCCACCCGAGAUGGAUGAGAGUAAGUACCGCGUCUAUGUCUCGAGACAUGAUCAGAAUCCGAGAGGCUAUGGUCCACCCGGCACCACACGCUCGACUUUCUCCCUCCUCGAAUGGUCAGAAGCACCGGAAGUGGUGGAUGCGUGGAGUGAGCUGGCGAAGAAGCAUGGCCUGCUGCUUGACCCGUUCAAGGACCGAGCACAAAUCUUCGGAAUGACGGAUUCGGCAGUCAUUGGCGGCUGGGCUCUUUCUCUGAGCAUGCGCAAGGCCAGGAAGAUGGGCUGGUUAGGAAAUGUAGACUCCUUUGAGUCGGCGUUUUAUUGCUUGAAGGAUCUGGCAAGGCUGAGGGUUGCAGCACCACUUGCUCAGGAGAAAUUUGAGGAGCAGAUCUAAACAGGCCAUCGAGACGCGCAAGUCAUUAUGAUGCAGAAUGUCGGAAAUAGUUAAAGAUAGUAUAUACAUUGAGCUUUUGGCAAGAGCCGCC